AUGAACAAGGAGGACUGGGCCUGGCAACUUUUCAGCCCAGCACCACUGCACCACAGCCUCCUCUCUGAACUCACCUGCAUCUACUCAGCUCUCAUCCUACACGAGGAGGAGGUGACCAUACUGGAGGAUAAAAUCAGUGGCGUCAUUAAGGCAGCCAGUGUCAAUGUUGAACCUUUCUGGCCUGUCCUGUUUGCAAAGGCCCUGACCAAUGUCAACACUGGGAGCCUCAUCUGCAAUGUGGGUACUGGUAGACCUGCCUCAGCGGCCGGGGCUACAGCAGCUGGAGGACCUGCCUCCUCCACUGCUGCUGCUCCAGCUGAGGAGAAAGUGGAAGCAAAGAAAGAAGAAUCUGAUAAUGACAUGAGAUUUGGUCUUUCUGAUUAA